AUGGACAAUGUACUGCUACAAUUUGGGGGGUUUUCAGUCUGAACUUACACAUAGACUUGUGUAAACGUCUCUGUACGUCCUGUUCUAGAUUUGUACAAGCCCUAAUGAACUUUAACCCAUUGACCUCUGUUCAUUGCGAGCGUCGAGUACUACUGUGUGUUUGUAGUGUUAGACGCGUCUUGCUAUGAGGAAGGAACGAGGAACGAGAGGGUGUGCAGACUGAUGAGACUUGUCUGAUGAGGACAGAUCACAGACUAGAUACAAAAUGCCUCGUCAACUAAGCACCUCCUUGUCUGAUCUGAUGCUGGCUAUCUCAGCCUUCUAUGUGGCACACUACUGGUAUCAACACAACUACAACUAUGCAGCUAUUGGGAUGAUCAUACAAGGCUGUGCAGCCUCCAUGGGGAUAUUUCGCUUUGCCAUGGAAGAACCACAGGGAACAAUUAUCUAUAAGGCCCACAAGUUUUUGUCCUGGUCAGCUGGGGCUGUGGGUGUCCCGAUGAUUGCACUCAUGUUUUGUUAUAAGUAUGGGUCAGCUGCCCUAGCCAAUAAGAUCUCAAUAUUUGUUGUGUGUAUCCUUCUAGUGGUACGCUUCCUCCCACCAAAGAAUCGAGAACUUUGCUCACAAGCUGUAUCUGGCUUUUCCAUCCUCACUAUGGCCACCCUGUGUGGAUUCAACAAGAAUUGGUUUGGAUUUGGAGCAUGUUUUGUGUAUGCAGCAGCGGGCAUUCUAUUUGGUUCUGAUGGGAAACUGCUGGAAAUUCCAAAAGUAGACUUCCUUCACUAUUUUCUCAUUGUUGGCAAUACACUUUUUAAAUUGGCUCUUUAGUGUAGAGAGGUGUUAUAUUAGGAUCCAACCUUUUUGAUUAGAGAUGUCACUUUUGCUGAGUGCAGAACAAUAUUCCAUUUCAUUUCACACCAAAGAAACAACCCAUUGAUAUAUCUGUUACAGAUGAAGUGCUAUCACCUGUCUAAACCAAACCCUGUUUAAGGGUCCCUGUACCGCUGUCAAAAGCUGUAUUUAUGUAGUGGAAACUGCUUUUUCGUCUAUAGCUUUGAUAAACUAUUUCUGACAAGAAAACCAUACAUUUCAUUUGUUGGACUUCUGUGAAACAUUUAUAAAAAUGAUAUUUAAAACAAUAUACCUUGUAUAAUCAGCAACAAGCGUGUUCUGAGUGUAAAAAAUCUAGCUGGACGUAAGGGACUUCAAGCUCUAGACCUCAUUAAUGUUAUAUUGUCCCUCUAACCACUGAGCUACCUGGUCAACAGAAGUAACCUGGCCGAAUUGUGUGAAAAGGAAAUCAAAGGGAGGUAACUACAUAUACGAAAAACUACACUGGAAUCUCUAGUGUUUUGUCUGCAGUGGGACCGGGGUCCUUAAACCUUAAUGAACAUGAACUUCAUUUACUUUUCACUUGUCUACAUCCUUAUUUCUACAGUUAAACUCUUUAUCAUUUAUACAUACAGUUCUCUGAAUAGUGCUAACAAAAUUACAUGAUGAUUAUAUUUCAAUUCAAUUAUGUGAUUUUCAUCACUAUGGAUCAUUACUGAUGCGUACAGUUUGCAGUAGAAGGGAGAUAACCUCAACCAUGUGCUUUGGAGUGUCCGGGCCAACUUGAAUGUCUUCUAGUCUUAUUAUUCUAACAGUGAGUUCUAAUUUUGUUCUGGUGAUGUUACUGUUAAAAGACAAAAAUUUACUGUGGUAUCUUGACAGUUAAUCAAGCCAUGGAUUGUACAUUUCGAAACAAGAUAUAUAUAUUUGACAUUUUUGUUGUUGUAAGUGUUACAAUCUGCAUGAGAGCCUAGAAAUGUUAUAUGUUUCAGGUAUUUUGAAUUUACUAGGUCAAAGUUUUCAUCAUCAUAACAUGUCUCCGAAAGUUGUCAUAGACCCUCUGAUAACUGAAGUUUGAGGAUGACCUGUAUCAUGUACAAGCUUAAUACUUAAAUUUGUAACCAGUUUAUAGUUUGUCGCUGGUGAUAAAGUGUAGUGUACUGUUUUAUUAAAUAACAGAUGGCCUCCUUACCUAAACACCAUCCUAAAUAUAUAUAUUACAGCAGGCGUCUUUAUGUAUAUAAUCGUAAUACCAGGUAGUGAUGCAGACUUGGAGAUGUGUAUGAACAGGAGGGAUGGUGUGAGUGUAAGAUGUACCAUACUACUGUGGUGAAUAUCAACAAUGAAAGUAAAUUUAGUGUAUAAUAGUGAGUUUUGGUGUACAAUAGUGAGUUUUGGUGUACAAUAGUGAGUUUUGGUGUACAAUAGUGAGCUUUAGUGUAUAAUGGUGAGCUAUAAAAGUGUGUAUACCAAUGUCUUGCACCACACAAUACAUCAAGACUCUUGUAAAAGUCUUGCACCACACAAUAUAUCACAGGGACUUGUACAAUUUUGUUAAUGUCUUACACCACACAAUACAUCACAGAGACUUGUAAAAGUUUGUUAACCCUUAUCAUACACCACAUACUAUAUCAUUGGGACUUGUGAAAAUAUCAUAACAAAUAUGUAAGAAAGACUAUGAUACAGAUUAAGCUGAGGAGGCACUAUAGCUUAGUGAGACGUAGUGGAGGAGGCCAGAUAAUUAGGUAACCUAAUGGACAUCUGGCUCUAAUAAGUGAUGUGUAAAGGUGAUGGGGUUGGAUGGGUGGGAGGAUGUACACUCAAGUCUCACCUAUUAGAUGUGUUCACAAAUACUUAUCAUACAAAUGUAGGUUAGAGCUCUGUAGUGAUGUAGAAUUGAAUGAAAAUGUUAAAACUUUGCAACUUUUUCAUGCAAUUUUCUGUACAUUAUGAUGGAUGUAUGUAAAGUACAUAAAUAUAUAGGUACUUUAUAUAAUUGACCUGCUUCAAGUGGCUAUGAUAUAAAUGUUAUUCUACUCGUCAGAACUCGGUUCAAUGGUGCCUUCCUUCAUAAAAUAAUUCUAAAUGUGCUAAAUGCAAGAAUGGGUUGUGAAUACUCUCAUGGCCAGACUAGAAAGGAAUUUAUUUGGAUAGAAUUUGUACGUCAUCUACUUCUCACAAUAGAGAAAAAACAAUAGUAUCAUAAGUUGGUUAUCAAUGUGAUUGACCUGGAAGUACUGUGCAAUAUAAGUCUGUGAGAGUGAAUAUGAUAGGUACUGCAUUAGGAAGAUUUUAGUGUAACAAUAGUUUUAUAACAGAACAUGAUUCACUGCCUGGUAUCUUUGAUUUGAUCAUUUAAUUGUAAGGAUAUAAAUGGGGGGGGGGGGGGGGGGGGGGGGGGGGGUCGUGAUUGCUACUUUUAAGAUUGGUUUCCACAUUGAUUGUUUUAUUUUCGUAAAUGGUAUUUAUUGUUGAGGUUUUAUUGAUAUUGUCGGGGGGAAAAAAUCCAUAACUACCAAGAGUGACAGGAAAAAAUAUAAAGUGCCAGAUUAAUACAAAGUAUUAUAUAGUUAUAGACUUAGUUUAGACCACAUCAUGAGAAGCUGCACUUAGUUAAACCACCAUCGGAUUUCAUGACAUAAAUGUAAUUGGUAUUGAUACAACGAGGGGUAAAUGCUUAGAACCCUAAAAGUAGAGAGUUUCUAUACCACAUAAAGAGAAAGCAUGCUGUUGGUUGAUUCAGUGGUCUACUCUUUAUUGAUAUGAUACCUUUUUUAAAUGCAUUAAAAUAGACCAUGUCAAUAAAGCUUUAAUUUCUGAACACCAGCAGGAGGAACCCAUUUAUUUUUUUACUGUAAGUUUUUUACAAUGUGUACAUGUUUGUAUAUCAAAAUAUGAUGGCAUUACAUUGUAGUUCAAUUAUGAAUUGUGAAGUUUGUUGAUUGAAGUUGUUGUAUCAGAGAAAAUAAAUACAUUUAAAGAAAAA